UGCAGGUGUUCGCCGGCCCUGGAGAGUAGAAUGGAUCUUGAUGUGGUUAACAUGUUUGUGAUUGCGGGUGGCACCCUGGCCAUCCCAAUCCUGGCCUUUGUAGCCUCGUUUCUCCUGUGGCCUUCGGCACUGAUAAAAAUCUAUUAUUGGUACUGGCGGAGGACUUUGGGCAUGCAGGUCCGCUAUGUCCACCACGAAGACUAUCAGUUCUGUUAUUCCUUCCGUGGCAGACCUGGGCACAAACCCACCAUCCUCAUGCUCCAUGGAUUCUCUGCACACAAAGAUAUGUGGCUCAGCGUGGUCAAGUUCCUUCCGAAGAACCUGCACUUGGUCUGCGUGGACAUGCCAGGACACGAGGGGACCACCCGCUCCUCCCUGGAUGACUUGUCCAUAGACGGGCAAGUCAAGAGGAUACACCAGUUUGUAGAGUGUCUCAAGCUGAACAAAAAACCCUUCCAUCUGGUAGGCACCUCCAUGGGUGGCCAUGUGGCUGGGGUGUACGCUGCUUACUACCCGUCGGAUAUCUGCAGCCUGUCCCUUGUGUGCCCCGCUGGCCUGCAGUACUCAAGUGAUAAUCAGUUUGUACAGCGGCUCAAAGAACUGCAGGACUCGGCCGCCAUAGAGAAGAUUCCGUUGAUCCCAUCCACCCCAGAGGAGAUGAGUGAAAUGCUCCAGCUCUGCUCCUAUGUCCGCUUCAAGGUGCCCCAGCAGAUCCUGCAGGGCCUUGUCGACGUCCGCAUCCCUCAUAACGACUUCUACCGAAAGCUAUUUUUCGAAAUCGUCAGUGAGAGAUCAAGACACUCCCUUCAUCAGAACAUGGACAAGAUCAAGGUGCCGACGCAGAUCAUCUGGGGGAAGCAGGACCAGGUGCUCGAUGUGGCUGGGGCAGACAUGCUGGCCAAGUCAAUCGCCAACUGCCAGGUGGAACUUCUGGAGAACUGUGGGCACUCAGUGGUGAUGGAGAGACCCCGGAAGACAGCCAAGCUCAUCAUCGACUUUUUAGCAUCCGUACACAACACAGACAACAACAAGAAGCUGGACUGAGCCCCUGACUGCAGCCUGCAUUCUGCACAUGCAUCCGCUCCCAUCUCCAGAAUCUGACGCGGCCACCACUUCUCAGGGAUCCUGCCCCAGAUGUGGUCGGAGCACCAGCAUCCCUGAAGAAGCUAGGCUCCCCUCCCUGGUACCUAGAGUUCCGCAGAGCUUCAGGGGCCCCGAGGAAAUCUCCAAGAUGUUUUUCACAAAUGGAAACUCAUGUAGAACAGAAAAAGAAAACCCAGCCAUAAAAAUCUACCGCGAAGUCUUCAAGUUCCUGCCACAGACAGGCUUGUGCAAAGCAGCCACCUUGGGCCGUGAUCCCCGAGGACACUUACCUUCUGACAUUCUUCACGGACUCAUACCUGAGGUAUCUGUCUCUUCAGUGCCCCCCUGCCUGGCCAAUGACUGUUCUAGAAGCAUUAGUGUGCGUGUUCACUGAGCCCCUCACAUUUAUGUCUGAUUUCAGCUUUACAUAGAGACUCACACGUGAACGCAGCCUGUCAGCUGCAGGCCCGGGGGGAGGAUGGCAGAGCGUAGGAGACGUUUCCACGCCCCUCGGCCAGCCCUCGGAGCUGCCGGAGCAGUGGGAACCACGGGUGGUUGGUGUGUUUGUCACCCACGCGUCCCAUCUGUCACCAGUGCGGCCGGAGCAGUCACGCGGUGCGAAGCACACCUCGCAGGGGGUGGGGGAAGUUUCCUGGAAUAAUUUAUCAUUUUAAAAAUAGGAUAAUAAAGCAAUAAUGUUCUAGACAUCGAUCUGCAUAAUCACAGUGGGGUUCUGUACACAAGCAGCUCGUGGGCCUCUUUUCUAUUUUUGCUGUGCUACCGAAAACCCUUGGAUGUAAACUGCUAGCUUGUUAAUGAAUUCUGUGAAUUCUCUGAACAGUAAUGUGAUGGAAAGUAAGUCCAAACAGCUGUAAAAUUGACCACAAUGACCUGAAAUAAAUUUACUAAGUCUAGAUCAGCUCCAUGCAGAUGGUUUCUAUUUGGAAGCUUCUAAUUAACUGCAAUGGUGGCAGAUUUGCUGUUAAAGUUAAAAUGUGUUUUUUAAAGUAAGGCUAGAUCUACAGGCAGUGGAAGUCUUGGCUGGGGUGAUUUAUGAAUUUCCUUUUAAAAAAUCAUGUUUGCAGUUUGUAUUCAAUUGAAAAAUGCAUACAAAAGCAAAGGGCAGCCACUCCUGAUAUCCACUUUCAGCCAAAGAUUAGACAGGUCUCUAAAACAAAUCAUAACACACGUGAGGAACGUGCUCCUUAGAACAAUCAAGUAUAUGAGACCAAACAGGCAACUCCUGCCCGAAAGCAAAG